AUGCUACAGACACAUAUCCACAAAUCCCAGGCUGCUCCAAUUGUUGAGCUGAAAAAUCUAUUGCCAAAAUGGGGGACCCGUUGCAGUCUUCUCAACGAAUAUGCGAAACUCAACAAAGCACGGAAGAUAUUCGAUGAAAUGCCUAAACCAGAUGUGGGGUCGUGGACCUCUCUUCAGAAUCUUUACCUCAAUAUCAAACGACCUAGAAAGUCGCUCACCAUAUUUUCCGAUUUGGUUUUCUCUAAUUUCCCCAAACCCGACUCGCAUUCCGUAGUUGCAGCUCUUUCUACUUGCGCCCGCUGCAAGGAUCUGAGAAAUGGAAGAACCAUUCACGCUAUGGCGUUAAAGUGCCUAGAAUAUCCUAGGCCCAAUGUGCAUAAUGCGUUGAUCGACAUGUAUGGAAAAAAUCAAAGGCUUGAUUUAGCUAACCGAGUUUUCAAUGGACUGGAUUAUAAAGACGUGGCUAUUUGGACCACCUUACUAAACGGAUAUAUUGUAAAUAGUGAUAUGGAUUCAGCUCAAAAGAUUUUUGAUGAAAUGCCGCAGAAAAAUGUCUUCUCUUGGACUGCGAUGAUUGUAGGGCACGUUCGCACCAAGAAUUCUCUCGAGGCAUUGGAGUUGUUCAUGAAGAUGAGACACGAAGAUGUUGGAGAGCAUUAUUGCAAUCCCACUACUUUCACUGUUGUUGCUCUGCUUUCUGCUUGUGCCGAUAUUGGGGCGCUGAAUUUUGGAAGUUCAGUUCAUGGAUAUAUUAACAAACGCCAUGGGUCGCCGGAUGUUACCGUGAAUAAUGGGUUGAUGGACAUGUAUGGAAAAAGUGGGAAUCUUGAUUCAGCUAUAAAGCUGUUUGAUAGCAUGGGGAGGAAAGAUUUGUUUUCAUGGAGCAUUAUGAUAUCUGGUUUGGCACUCAACGGAAGGGGCAAAGACGCCCUCGUUGUUUUCGAUUCAAUGGUCGAAUCAGGGCUGAUUCCAAAUGAAGUUACUUUUCUAUCAGUUUUGUCCGCUUGCAGCCAUGGAGGACUAGUUAGUGAAGGAGAGAGAUUGUUUGAAAGAUUUGUAAAUAGCUACCAAAUUAAGCCGUGGAUUGAGCAUUACGGGUGUAUGGUAGAUCUCUUUGUCCGAGCAGGACGUUUGGAGAAGGCCUUGUGGUUGGUUGAGCGGAUGCCUAUGAAGCCAGACGCUGUGAUCUGGAGAUCCCUUCUGGUUGCUUGUCUCCAACAUGGGAAUUUCGAACUAGCUGAAGUGGCAGGGAAGAAGGUGCUUGAACUGGAUCCCAAUGAUGAUGCUGUUUACGUGCUCCUUUUCAGCAUCUAUCGCUCCAAGAAUAGGUGGGACGAGGCUGUGAGCGCGAUGAAGAUGAUGAGAGAGCAAAGAGUUAAGAAAAUGCCUGGGUGCAGUUGGAUUGAAGUGAAUGGUGGUUUUCAUGAGUUCCUUGCUGAAUCUUCUCAACACUAUGUUAGUGACAACAUAGUGAUUGUUUUGAAUGGCUUGAUUGAGCAUUCAAGAGUAGAUACAAAUCUUUUCUUGCAAGCAUCUUGA